AUGGCGUUGCCUGGCAUCGAAGGAUUCAAGAAUGUGUACCAGAUUCUGGAGGCUGUAUCAGCUGGCGACAAAGUCAGGCUCCGCCGCGCUGCACGCAAGAUCCGACUCGUGUUGAUGUGUGCCGACGACACUUGUCUGAGCGAAGAGCACCGCGCUUGUCUGACUGCCAUCCUCGGUCUUCUGGUGACAGAUUGGGAGGAAGCCGAGAAACUCCGUCUCGAAGCAGCUCAAUCGUACCUUCAUGUACGCGCAAAGGCAACUCUAUGCUGUGAGAACGCCAUUGCUCGUGUCGAAAACAACUUGCGUCACCUCCUGCUAGAAGAGCUCAACAACAAACAGAACAGAUACAUACCUCCUGGAAAGACCUUGAAGAGCAUUCAAGUCCGCAAUGAGCGCGAAGCGAAGCGGAACUUGCAAGAACUUGGCCUGGAGUUCAGAUACUCCACGUUGAAGAAGUAUCCUGAACGCGCCUUUGCUCACUCCGCCUUGAAACAUGUGCUUGAAGAUAGAGCGCUUGAACAGAAAUUCAACGGCUUCGUCGAAGUCAAAGAUGCGGAUCUGCUGGACUUCCUCUUUGACGGCUAUUUUGAAGCACUCUCGGAGCAUCACAAGACAGACGCCCUCAACGACUUCGAUCCUGACAUCGACGAAGCUCCCAUUGCCACUUUCUCCAAGACAGAGAUACCGACUACUGCUUCAGAGCCCAAGAUCCUGUCGCCCGAUGAAGCUGAGCGCAAGAAGGCCAAGAACAAGAAGCGCAACCUGCGCAAGAGAGCCGCUGAGAAGGCUAAGAAGAAGGAGAAUGUCGCUUCCGCCUCCGCACCUGAGGUUGGAGCCAAGCCCAAGCCCAAGGUGAAGCUUGAGUCAAACAUGGCUCUUGUCAAGAUCAGCUCGUCGUCGGAGGGUCCAUCAUCAGACCACGAUGCGCUCCCGAAGAUCAAGUUUGUUCCUCAGCCAAAGGACAAGGUCUGGAUGAGGCAUCCUUGUUUGAACUCGGAAGAAUGUAACGACUUCUUCACGCAGCUUCAGGAAGCAAUGCUUCGCGUGCCUACCGCCGAUCUGGAGAGACGUGUUUAUGGUUCCCAGGCUUGA